AUGGCACCAAAGAGACGCUAUGUGCGUAGGACCGCUCCGGCACCACCUCGAGAGGUGCUCGGGCUAGCCGUGCCUCCAGUGGCGCCAGGGCCAGCUGGGCCUACUGAGGUGCAGGAGCUGCGAGCGCAGGUUGCGGCGCUCACUGGGCGGUUCGAUAGGAUCCAGGAGCUGCUGGAGCAGCAGGCUGUGGCGGCGGCUGCGGCGGCAGCGGUUGAGGAGGCGGAGCGUGAGCGCGGUUACGUGGCGCUCACGAGGUUCACAAAGUUUCACCCGCCUACUUUCGACGGAGAGGUGGUGGAUCCAGCGACGGUGGAGUCUUGGCUGACGGCUAUGGAGACUCUAUUUGAGGACAUCUUCACCUUGGAGAAGGACAAGGUGAACUUGGCCGCGCAUUGCUUCGAGAAGCGGGCCAGGACUUGGUGGAGGAGGGUCAAGCAGGACCGAUCCCCGGAGCUUCCCCCGAUCGAUUGGGCGGAGUUCCGCAAGCUGAUGUUCGCCGAGUACUUCCCCGACAGUGACAAGAGGAAGAUGCGGGAAGAUUUCCGCAAGCUCAAAUUGGUGCACGCCUUCAAGUUCCACUCUUUGGCGGAGGCAUUAGAUCGUGCGCUGUGGGUCGAGCACGGGAACGCUUGUGAGCGUGAGGACCGUGAGGCGCUCGACAAGGACAAGGGUAAGAAGAGACAGGGCGGUGGUUCGGGCUGUCAGUCUAGCUCCAAGAGGCCCCCGAAGUAUCCACGCUCUCAGCCCAAGGGUCGCGGUGCUCAGCGAUGUGUCUUCUGCGGUGGAGACCAUCGGCCGGGUGUUUGUGAGCAGCGCCGAGGGAGGUGCUUUAGGUGUGAGCAAGCGGGACAUGUCAUCCGCGACUGUCCUCAAGGAGGAGCUUCGCCCGCUAUGUCGACUGCUUCGGUCCCGGCGGUUCCGGCUCGCUAUGGCUUGCCCCCUCCUGCGGCAUCUACUGGGCGAGCGGCGGCGCCACGCCAACCAGAGCCUGCACGAUCAGCGCCGAGCGGGAGGAUGUAUGCUGCACCUGUGCAUGUUGAGGAGCCUUCUGAGGUCGGCGAGCGCAACGUUGUUGCAGGUAUAAUAUUGGUUAAAGGUGUUCGAGCUAGAGCUUUGUUUGAUACUGGCGCAUCACACUCUUUUAUUAGUCGAUCCUUCGCACAAGCACACGAUAUCGAGUAUUGUCUAGGGGAGCACGUGUGGCAUGUUGAGGGCCCCGGGCAAUCCUUUAUGGUUAGGGAGCGAUGUUUGGCAUGUCUAGUGCAAGUGAAUGACUGGGUUAUGCCGAUCGACUUAUUGGUGCUCGAAAGGUUGAAGGAGUUCGACGUAGUUUUGGGCAUGGAUUAG